UUAUUUUUAAAACCCUUCUUCUCCCCUUCACUCCACACUCCCCCCUUCCUUUUCGCCGCCACAAUAAUCCGAUCUCCUCACUUUCUCUCUCUUCCCAAGUUUUCUCCCUCCUCAGCGAAGCUUCUCAUCAAUGGCGACGCGUAAGUCUGCCAGGAAGAAGCCUUCUUCACCUUCUUCCUCACCUGCUUCUGCUUCUGCGUCUGCGUCGGCUUCGGCUUCGGCUUCGUUGAAGAGUAAGAGGAGAAAGGUGGAGGUUAAGGAUGAGGAGAUUGUUAACAAUGGUGGAACUGAAAGUACGGAGAUGAGUCUUACUGUUGAGGGAGAAGAGAUAGCGGAUGAGGAAAUCGUGGAAUCUCCGGCUGGUUCUGGCCGGAAAAAUACUCGGAAAAUUGUUAAGAAGGAGGAGACGGACUGUAGAUUCCUCGGCGAUCCGGUUUCUGCUGAUGAAGCUAAGCUGCGUUGGCCUCAUCGCUAUCCUGAUAAGGCGGAACAAGGAACCAAGAAACCCAAAACUUCCCAGGAUGAUGAUGAUGAGCUCAUACUAGCAAAAUGUCACUAUUUGAAAGCUGAAGUUGAUGGUACCAAGAUCUUCGAUUUGAAUGAUGACGCUCAUGUUCAGUCCGAAGAAGGUAAACUGCCGUACAUCUGUAAGAUCGUCGAAAUGUUUGAGGGAGUUGAUGGUUUUCUGUAUUUCAGAGCGCAAUGGUAUUACAGAUCCGUGGACACUGUUAUAAAAGAGAGUAUUACUUUAAAGGAGACAAAACGGGUGUUUGCUUCUGAAGUCAUGGAUGAUAAUCCAUUGGAUUGUCUUGUUGAAAAGCUGAACAUUGUCAGGGUUGCUCUUGAUUUAGAUAUAGAUUCGAAAAUGUCAGCCAUUCCAGACUGCGACUACUAUUAUGAUCUGAAGUACUUGCUGCCUUACUCCUCUUAUAUAGUACCACCUCCAGAGACAACAAGUCCUAUUGGAAGUGAAUCCCAAUCUACAAUUUCUAACGACAUCGAGGUUGACGGAGCCGUUGCUGAUAAGAAAUCUGAUUCUGCCGAGGUUAAUCAAGGGAAGAAGGCACACAACCCAGAGACAACACUACUAGAUUUAUAUUGUGGUUGUGGAGCUAUGUCCACCGGUUUAUGCUUAGGUGCAAACUUGUGUGGGACUAACCUUGUAACGAGGUGGGCUGUUGACUUCAAUGAAAAUGCAUGCCAGAGUGUUGCACUAAAUCAUCCAGAAACAAAUGUACGAAAUGAGUCUGUCGGGGACUUUUUGAAGUUGUUGAAAGAGUGGCCGAAGAUCUGUGCAUCCUUUGGCUUAAUUAAAAGUGAAAACACAAAUGAAAAAAUUGAUGCCAUGGUUGUGGAGGACGAUGAGGACGAUGACGGUGCUGAGAAUGAUUCUGGCAAAGAUGAUAAUAAAGAUGAGGGAGAGAUAUUUGAGGUUGAAAAGGUUAUCGGGAUCUGUUAUGGCGACCCUACAAAGAGUGGUACACCAGAGCUUCACUUCAAGGUUCGGUGGAAGGGAUAUGGAGAGGAGGAAGAUACAUGGGAACCUUUGGAGGGGCUAAGCAAUUGUCGUGAAAAGAUCGGAGAAUUUGUGAAGGAGGGAUACAAGCAAAAAAUUCUGCCUUUUCCGGGUGACGUUGAUGUAGUUUGUGGUGGACCUCCAUGCCAAGGGAUAAGCGGAUUCAAUCGGUUCAGAAAUACAGAGAACCCACUUGCCGAUCCUAAAAACGAACAGCUUGUAGUCUACAUGGAUGUAGUUGAUUAUUUGAAGCCAAAAUACGCGUUAAUGGAGAACGUGGUCGACCUAAUAAAAUUCGCUAAAGGUUUCUUAGGGAGAUACGCCCUUGGAAGGUUGGUGGACAUGAACUACCAAGCUAGAAUGGGAAUGAUGGCGGCUGGUGCCUACGGACUUCCGCAAUUUCGCAUGCGGGUUUUCAUUUGGGGUGCACGGCCCUCAGAGAAAUUGCCUCAGUAUCCACUGCCCACUCAUGACCUUGUUCUAAGAGGUGUUAUUCCUACAGAGUUUGAGAUGAACACAGUUGCUUUUAAUGAAGGACACACUGUUCAGUUAGAGGACAAACUUUUUCUUGGUGAUGCUAUCUCUGAUAUGCCAGAGAUAACUAAUGACGAGAAUCGCGAUGAGAUGCCAUAUAGCCGUCCUCCAGAAACCGAGUUCCAACGCUUUAUCAGGAUGACAAAAGAAGCUAUGCUCGGUUCAUCUAAUAGCUCAGAAAUGAUAACCAAACUCUAUGACCACCGACCCCUUAGAUUAAACACGGAUGAUUUUCAAAGGGUGUGUAGGAUCCCUAAGAAAAAGGGAGCAAACUACCGUGAUUUACCAGGAGUGUUGGUUGGUCCUGACAACAAAGCUAAGCGGGAUCCUGACGUUGAAAAGGAACUUUUACCCUCUAAGAAACCCUUGGUGCCAGAGUAUGCCCUUUCCUUUGUAGGAGGAACAUCUUCAAAGCCAUUUGCGCGGUUAUGGUGGGACGAAACUGUUCCCACCGUGGUUACUAGGGCGGAGCCCCAUAACCAAGCCAUACUCCAUCCUUUACAAGAUAGAGUGCUCUCUAUCCGGGAAAAUGCGAGGUUGCAAGGCUUUCCCGACUAUUAUAAGCUUGUGGGUGACAUCAAAGCCAGGUAUAUCCAAGUGGGAAAUGCGGUUGCAGUUCCCGUGGCCCGAGCAUUAGGCUAUGCUCUUUCGGUUGCAUUGACAAGCGAUUGCGACUUGGAUGGGCCGUUGUUGACAUUGCCUGCGAGGUUUCCAAAUCUGCAAGAAAUCCCGUCUUCUCCCUCUGUUGAAGACAACUCCUAGUCAUGCGAACUCUUAAUUUAUUUCACAUUGACGAAUUUGUACGUCAUAUGUAGUGUACAACUCAUUUAUUUGCUUGUAUUAGCUAUUACAUUCAUCAAAAGGAUUGAGCUCUAUCUCUAAAGACUAGCAUUAGAUACCGACGAUUCAACUUAAAACGUUUAACUAAGUUUAGUUGAAUCACGGUCUUUGCUUGUAGCUAGAUACUAUGUACUCAUGUAUUAUUAUAUUUAUCAAAUUCAUUGAGCUCAUAUUAACACAA